AUGCAGAUCGAUUUGUCGACAAUAAAAUACGUUGAACAUAUUAAGAGCUCUCAGGCAUCACGUAUCUUCCGCACAAGUUGGUGUGGUAAAGACUGUAUUAUGAAAGUGUAUCACAGUAUUGAACCAUCAGAUGCCGACCCUGAAGACCGCGAAGUCGAUAUCUUCCAAUGUGAAAGCCAAGCCUAUGCUCGACUGAAGGCUCAUGGUCUCUGCGCCAAAGGAUAUGUACCUGAUUUCUACGGCCUGAUCAAACAAAUCAAUCCAAAACAGUGGUCACCAUAUUUAAGCGAGUUUCUCAAAGACCCUUUACCUCCUAAUGCUGUUUUACUUGAAUAUAUACCGGGUCUUAAAAAGAUCGACCUGUUAGCAUUCUCAUGGGAAAGGGCGGCAGACUACCAUGAUGGCAAGAUCGAUCGUACCUGGUUUGUUUAUUAUGAAUUUCCGAGCCUUUCGCCAACCAUUGGCUACGAAUCUGCGUCGGAUAGCACUAUCGCCCCUCACAAUGCUCGUUUGGUCAGCUUAUACAUCUGUAAACUUUAUGAGGUGGAAACUCGCGAGCGCUGCGAUAUACCAGAUGGCGACAUUCUGAUUCACGCGGGAGAUCUGAGCCUCCAUGGGAGCGCCCUGGAGAUCCAGGAAACGGUUGACUGGCUGAAAUCACUUCCGCACCAGUACAAAGUCGUGAUAUCUGGUAAUAGUGAUCGGUUUUUUGAUUUUCGUUCCCGAUUAGCGGAAGAUAGGCUAGCGACGGAACCACCAGUUGAGAACGAGAGCAAAAGCGCCGUACAACAUAACCGUGCUGUCUCAAUUGACUGGGGUGACAUCCAUUAUCUCCAGCAGGCUUCGGUAUCACUGCCCUUUUGUGACACAUCUGGUGUACUGCGGCAAAUCCGUGUCUAUGGGGCACCACAGAUUCCUGUGUGCGGCGGUCCAGACAAUGCCUUUCAAUAUCCUGUGGAUCAAAAUCCAUGGGCUGACAGCAUCCCCGCAUCUACGGAUAUCUUGGUCACGCAUACACCAGCCAAAUUUCACGGAGACUGGUACCAAGGAUCUCCCGAAGGAUGCCCAUUUUUGCUGGAGGAGCUGUGGAAAGUUCGCCCUCUACUGCAUGUAUUCGGCCACGUGCAUACCUCUUAUGGGUUCGAGAGAGUACACUGGGAUAAUGCUCAGUGGUGGUUGGAGAACUAUUAUCGGGAUCUUUCACACUCUAUUCAAAAUCACGCAAUGUUCGCUCUUCCAGACUUGUUCUAUCCAUUGCUGUGGAUGGAUGCUGCAAUAAUUCUGCUAUCUGGUACAUUGACUCUUAUAAGGGACUUGGUUAGUCUCCGUCGCAGAGAAAAACGGUCUACAUUGAUGGUAAAUGCUGCUUGCAUGAGCGAAGACGGCUCACGGCUGGUCAACCAGCCGAUUGUUGUUUUCGCAGGGUCAUCGCGAUUGCAGAUCCGAUCAUACUCCGUGACCACAGCGUACCCGAAUCGCGAUCUUGCUCCUGCCCCCAAUACCUCAACAUGGUUUGCAGAGUUGCAAGCCGAGGUAAAGCGGCUAAGGGAUGGGCAGAGUUCUGCAGAGUGUGUACAGAGAGCAGAACAACUGUCUCAGUAUUUGGAAACAAAUUGGCUGGAGCUUCUGGCAGGUCGGGAAGGUUUCCUCACUGAAAAGCAAUGGAGAGCACUAGACAGCCAUAAAGUGCUCUGGGGGGCCAUGGAUAGCAUGACUUCCUCAAACUCACGAUUCACAGGCCACGUAAAUAAUAUUAUGUACAACCGCUACGUCGAAACUGCCCGGGUCCAGUUCAUCCGUCAGCACGGCCAAAAUGCCGCAGCCGAGGAAAAGAGGCAAUGGGACGAUCUACCAACCCCACGGAGCCUGGGUCUCAUACUCCAAAGAAUCACGACUGAGUUCAAAUUUGUACGGUACACACAUUUGUUUGUUGACACAGAGCCCCAAAUUGACCUAACUCCUUCCACACAGCCAAUGAAAUUCCCCGAUCGGAUAUCCGUGCUGUAUAAAUUACUCGAGCCGCCCACCUACGAAUCAACAUCCUUGAAGAUGGAGGCUUGGGUCUUGUCGCAUCAACAUCGCCGGGUAGCCGCAAAAUGCGUCGACGACACUGUCAUCUAUGACUACACAUCCGGGAAAAGAUCGGUGCUAAAGCCAUUCAUGGUGGAUAAACUCCAGCAUACGUUUGAACUACAGAAGAUGUGCAAAACAAAGUACACGGAGGAAGCAAGCAAAGCCAUUACGGCUGUUGAGGAGCUUAAGACAGUAUUUCAAUAA